AUGAGUGACAAGAAACUGCGCGAGGCUGUUCUAGUGAAAUGUGCAACCCUCCGGAAUUUGACUGAGGUCGCAGUUGAAGCCCAAAUCUUAUAUUCGAUUCGUCAAGAGCCGAUAUCAUCGUCGAAUAUUCAUAAAGUGAGCAACCAAUCCGUGAGAAGUUUUCAAAGACGGAAACCCUUUCAUGGGAACCUGAAUGGAAAACAGCACUUCAGAGCUCCGGAAGCCAAGAAGCCAACGUGCUACAGGUGUGGGAACUCAUCCCAUCUCGCUCCCGAGUGCCAUCAUAGGAACUCGCGGUGCUCGCUCUGCAACAAGAUAGGCCAUUUGCGAGUCGCCUGUAGGGGCACGCCGAAGAAAAUCAAUUUCUUAAGAGAGGAAACGUUCCAUGCGAUCGACUCUCGUUCGGGUAGAGCGCCAGUGAACAUCACGUUGCAGAUCGAGGGAUACCCGGUUACCAUGGAAGUCGACACCGGCACCGCUCUGUCUACGAUAUCGCUGAAUAAUUUCAACAAACUCUUCAAGAACAGUCGACUUCUCCCGAACGAUGUCCGCCUCCGACCUGCUGACGGUGAUUCUAUCGAGCCCAUCGGUUACGCAGAGCUCGAUGUGAAGUACCAGAACGUAGGGAAGAAGCUUCGUCUCUAUGUAAUAGAUCGUCAGCAUUUUCCGUCGCUCGUUGGACGCGAAUGGCUGGCAGCUCUUCCUGUGCGGUGGCACGAGCUAUUCAACUCGAAUGGGUGGAAUCUCAGCGGCUCAGAGAGUUCGGGUUCGCCUUCGCACCAUAUGGCAAGUAAGAAAGUGCAUCAUAUCAAGGAACAGAAUAUGGAGAAUGCAGCGAAAAAUUUGCUGCAGAAGUACAAGAAUCUAACGAAGCCGGGCCUCGGAUGCAUACCGAGCACCGAGGCGAAACUUGAAUUAAUGUCAGAUAACCCGAAGCCGAUCUUCGUACGUGCACGCCCAAUCGCUCACGCAAUUACCGAUAUGACCGAGAAAGAGCUCGAGUUCCUGGAAGAGAAUGGAGUCAUCGAGAAGCUAAAUGCAAGCGAGUGGGCGCAUCCGCUUGUCGUCGUACCUCGCGCGAAAGGAAAGAAAGUCCGAUUGUGUGGGGAUUUCAAGAGCGGCAUUAAUCGUUUCAUCAAGACCGACGAACAUCCUCUCAAGAAUAUCCGUCAUGCCUUGGAUAACAUCGGUAACGGAGUGAAGUUUUCGAAGCUCGACAUCCUGUCCGCCUUCCUCCACAUGCCAGUAAGAGAAUCGGAUCGCAAGUAUCUCGUAGUGAAUACUCAUCGAGGACUAUAUCAAUUUAACCGAAUGUCCAAUGGACUCUGUAGCGCGCCGGCCAUCUGGCAAAGGUUCAUCGAAGGGGUACUCGCAGGCAUAAAUGGAGUUGAGUGCGUGAUGGACGACAUCAUCGUCACAGGCAAGACAGAUCAGGAGCAUCUCGAACGUUUGGAAGAGGUUCUUUCUCGACUGAACGAUCAGGACAUACGUCUGAACGUCGAGAAAUGCCAGUUCUUCCAGGAAUCGGUAACCUAUUGUGGGUUCGUCCUGAAGCAUCAGCAAAUCCACAAAUGCGAUGACAAAGUUCAAGCAAUAAAAGAAGCCCCUUCGCCGAAAACAGUCGGUGAGUUGAAGGCCUUCCUGGGACUUAUUCAGUUCUACGCCGGUUUCGCACCUCGACUUGCAGACUUGGCAAACCCCAUGUAUCGACUGCUGAAAGCCGAUGCCAGCUUCAUUUGGUCGAAGGAAAUGUCCGAGUCCUUCGCAGCCGUGAAGCGAGAGUUAUGUUCGGACAGGGUUAUCGUUCCUUUCGAUCCGAAGAAGCCCGUGCUCCUGGCAACGGACGCAUCUCCGACUGGGAUAUCAGCUGUUUUGUCGCAUCGAUUCCCUGACGGGUCGGAACGGCCCAUUGCAUACUACUCAAGAGCAUUGACCGACACGGAAAGGAAGUACUCCCAAAUCGACAAGGAAGCAUUGGGAAUCAGAACGGGAGUCGAGAAAUUCUUCUACUAUGUCUUCGGUCGAAAAUUCACUCUCAUAUCCGACUCUCGACCUCUGGUGCAGAUUUUCUCACCCCAAAGAUCGCUUCCACCGCUUUCGGCAACUCGGAUGCAGCAUUAUGCGAUCUACUUGAUGGGCUUUACGUUCGACAUAAUCUACCGCCGCACCGACAAGCAUCAAAAUGCUGAUGCAUUAUCAAGACUACCGGCGAACAGCAAAGACUUUCACACAGAGGACGGCAUCGAAAGUUUUCUAGUGAAUCAACUUCAAGAGGUUCCCUUGAAUUUCAAGGCGAUUGCAAAGGAGAGCGGAAGAUGCAAAGAACUUCGUCCGCUCUUCAGUGAUCUAAGGCGGCAGGUGAAUAGUUACAUGUCGCCCCGAUAUUUUGGAAUCGACUCUUGCGAGUUUUCGCUAUAUGAGGACGCAAUCAUCCUCCGAGGUCAUCGGGUGGUAGUCCCGAAAACUUGCCGAAAAAACAUCCUCGUUGAGCUACACGAAGGACACUACGGCGAACGUAAGAUGAAGGAGCUCGCACGACGAUAUGUUUGGUGGCCGGACAUCGAUAAAGAUAUCAAGAACGUCGUUCUGUCUUGUAAUGCAUGCCUUGAACACGCUAGGAAUCCACCUAAGGAGAUUUUACAUGCAUGGCACCCAUGCCAAACCCCUUUCGAGCGCAUACAUUUGGAUUACGCGGGACCAAUCGACGGAAAAUACGUCCUGCUCAUCGUAGACGCUUACAGCAAGUGGCUCGAAGCGUUCAUUACGCAAGGGAAAACGAGUAAAGAAACGUUGAGGCACAUUCGCGAGACGGUUUCCCGGUUCGGCUUACCUAAAGUAAUGGUAACCGACAACGACCCAACAUUUGCCUCCGAUCUCAUGAGGAACUUCUGUGAAAAUAACGGAAUUCGACUCAUGCAUUCACCUGCUUAUCAUCCUGCUUCGAAUGGACAAGCAGAACGAUUCGUCGCAACCUUAAAAAACGCCUUGAAGAAACUCUCGACGGAGGGAGGAGAUAUCCAUACUAAUUUGUGUCGGUUUUUGUUUCGACAAAGGAUGGUGUCCAGCUCCACCGGAGAGAGCCCUUCAUCGCGCAUGAUCGGAAGGGAGUUGCGCUCCAGAUUGGACUUGUUACAGGAGGUUCCCCGAAUUUCCGACAGGGCCGACGAGAAGGCGAAGUUCAGGGUUGGUGAUCCGGUCAUCGUCCGCGACUAUAGAUCUCGGAAGCCGAAAUGGAUCGCGGGCAAGGUCGUGAAGAAUCAUGGGACAAGGAUAUGUCGG